AUGAGGCUCCAAGUUGCCACCAUCUUCAUCAGCCUGUGCGGCGUCGCCCUUUCGGCUCCAGCUCCAGCACCCACAAACCGGGUACAGACUGGAAAACGGACACUCCCCUUUCCAUUCCCAGGAGAGGGCUCCGAGGAACCAGAGCCAUCGGUGCCAUUCCCGAGCUUUCCCUGGCCGACUGAUUCUGGAGACCUACCCGAGAGCACCGGCUUUGCCGGCCUCUCCCCAGCUCAGCCAACCGGUACUGGCGAAAGCUGCGAAGCGUCACUUCUGGAUAGACUCUCUGAACUCCGCGACGAGCUUUCCGGGCAGUUUGGCGAGGACGGGGAGAGUGUCCUAAGCGACGAGAACAUUGGAAGUUCAAAGUUGUGA